CAGAGAGGAAACUGUUUGUUGGAAUGUUGUCAAAGAAAUAUAAUGAAAAUGAUGUAAGACAAAUGUUUGAAACGUUCGGUGCCAUUGAAGAGUGUACAGUGCUCAGGGAUACUUCUGGGCAGAGUAAAGGUUGUGCCUUUGUCACUUUUACCUCGAAGCAGUGCGCAAUCAACGCCAUUAAAGCAAUGCAUCAUUCUAAAACUAUGGAGGGAUGCUCUCUGCCUUUGGUGGUUAAAUUUGCCGAUACUCAAAAGGAAAAGGAUCAGAAGAGAUUGCAACAAAUGCAAGCAAACCUCUGGAAUUUGGCUGGAGUCAGUUUGUCGCCUCAGUCCUACCUCACUUCUAUCCCACAGCAGACUGAUCCCAGUAGUUCCUGUUUGACUCCUCUUCAGUUACUUCAACAUCUUCAAACCAAUAAUGUCCAACCUAAUAUUGGAACCCAACUUCUUCUUCAUAAUUCGGCAGCAGGUUUACAGGGACUGGCUGCGUUAAAUGGCUCAAAUCCUAAUUUAAGUGAUAUUAGUUCUUCUAACCUUCAAGGUUUAGCUGCACUUCAAGGUUUAGCAAAUAUGUCUGUAGCGAAUGGUACACCUAUGACGAUGCAGAAUUUAGUAACAUUGGCCGCGAUGACUGGUGCAGGGGCUGUUUCUCCUAAUGCACUGUCAAGCCUUGCAGGUACGACUACAGGUGGACCUACAAGCCUGAGUGCUCUAAGCUCACUGAAUGGUUACGCUCCUGCACUUUCCCUCUCUGACGCCUAUCAGCAGUUUACUUGUAUGCCAAAAGCCACAGUGUCGUACAGGCCCGCUGGUAAACAAAUCGAAGGCCCAGAAGGAGCAAACCUGUUCAUAUAUCACCUCCCUCAAGAGUUCACAGAUGCCGAUCUAAUUACAACGUUUCACCCGUUCGGCACUGUAAUAUCGGCAAAAGUCUUCAUUAAUAGACAGACAAAUGAAUCCAAAUGCUUCGGAUUCGUUUCGUACGACAAUGCACACAGUGCACAGGUCGCCAUUCAGAGCAUGAACGGGUUUCAGAUCGGCACAAAACGCCUCAAGGUGCAAUUGAAAAGGUCAAAAGAAGCGUCUCGUCCUUACUAA